AUGGGUCCCAAUACUUCCGAUGUUGACGAUGAUAAAAAUGACAAAUCAUCAGAAAAACAAGCCACAAAUGUAUCCGAUUCAGAUUCGGAUUCAGAUCUUGAUGAGGAAGAAUAUAUUGUUGAAAGAGUUGUUAAAAUGCGUACAACGAAAAAAGGCAAAGUUCAAUAUUUACUUAAAUGGAAAGGCUUUUCCGAGAGUGAAAAUACAUGGGUAAAGAAUAAUUUAUUUUUUUCAUUAAAUUUAGUUUUUCUCAUAGUUUCAUUGUUUCAGGAGCCUGCAGAAAACCUUGAAUGUCCUGAUUUAAUAGCAGCUUUUAUGGCUGAACAAAAAGAAAAACAACAACAACAAGCAUCAACAUCAAAAAGUGAUGACAAUUCGUAUGGAAAACGGUCUCGUAGUACUAGUAGUACUAAUAAUAAUAAUAAUCAUAAUCAUAAUAAUAACGCCGAUGGAGACAAGAAUAAUAAUAACAAUACUACUCAAACAAAACGACCUCGUAUUGAAUUUGAUCAAACUGGUUAUGGUCGGGGCCUUGUGCCAGACAUGUUAUUGGGUGCAACAGAUAUAUAUGAUGGAGAAUUAAUGUUUUUAGUAAAAUGGCAAGGAGUAAAUAAAGCUGAACUUGUUCCAUCACGUAUUGUGAAUAAACAAUCUCCACAACUUGUGAUAAAAUUUUAUGAAGAGCGAUUAACAUGGAAUUCAACAAAUACUAGUAAUAAUACUUCCAAUAAAGACAAAAAAGCUUAA